AUGGGUAAAGGUAAAGGUAAACUAGAAGCUUGGUACACAACUGUGUACCCCGGAAUAAUUUUAACUGAAUUUAAAAGCUUAAGAUAUGGUAGAGCUUUUUAUUUUUGCAAGCAAUUAACCUUUAAAUUAGGCGUUCCUACAAAAACUUGUACUGCCGCUUCUAAUCGUAUAGUUCAAUCAUCCGCAUUAACAAAAACAUUUUUAAUGAGAGUAAAGUGA